CAAGAGAAGGUUUUAGUCAAAAUCCCCAUUUUUUAAAAAUUCUCAACAAAACGCCUAAAAACUGAAAGUGCUUAUUCCUCUUCUCCGGCGAACCAAAGAUCAAACCUUUGCGAGAGAAUUUCCCUCUUUUUCGGCAACGAGUAUAUCCAAUCAGCAAGGAAUUUUAUGAUCGCUUGAUAAAUUGAAACUAUUUGGAGUGGGUAGUGAUGGAUGACGAGAGACGGGUACUGUGCCCUGAGAACCGAGGUUUAGCGGCUUAUGUGUUGCAGAAGAAGCAAGAAUACGCAGAAAAGCCCAAAGGCUUGUCGGAAAAUCUGGAGAGGACAUUUGUUAAGGGGUAUAGGAGUGUCUGCGACGCCAAGGAUCCCAUUAACACACUCAAAGACUUGUCGCAGAUCAAGGGCUUUGGCAAGUGGAUGGUUAAGCUCAUGAAAGGAUAUUUUGAUACUGCUGUUGAAAGUUCUGAGCAAGAAGAUUUACCUGAUAAUCGUGCUGGGAAAAAGGCCAAUGGAAAAAAACGGUACAUUCCGCAAAGAAAUUCAGUGGGAUAUGCAUUACUAAUAACGUUGCACAGAAGGACUACAAAUGGGAAAGAAUUCAUGCGUAAACAAGAGCUUAUUGAUGCUGCUGACGCGAAUGGGCUAUCACACGCUCCUGUUGGGCCAGAGAAAGGGAAAGGGAAAGCAGGACUUGGACACUCUAAGAGGGAGUGGUAUAGUGGAUGGAGCUGCAUGACCACUCUUAUACAGAAGGGAUUAGUGGUGAAAUCUAGCAACCCAGCAAAGUACAUGCUGACAGUUGAAGGUCGGGAAGUUGCAAAUGAGUGUAUCCUGCGAUCUGGAUUACCUGAUUCAGUUGAUAUCUUAUCUGUUGAUGAAAUGGAUCCUACACCGCAAGCAAAGAAAACACCUAAUCAAAAUCCCACCUGUUCGUUUACCAUGAGAGAAGAACUUCCAUAUGUCGAUCCAAGAUGUAGGGCACAAUCAGCCAUUCCAAGCGAUAUUCUUGAAAAGUUUACUCCGUUUGGUUAUUCGAAGGAACAAGUCGUUGCUGCAUUCAGAGAGGUUUCAGAUGGAUCUGGGGACAAAGAUCCAUCAACUCUCUGGCUCUCUGUAAUGUGCCAUCUUCGUCAAGCAGAGGUUUAUAAUUCCUGUCCGGACUCGAGAAAUAGUAAAAAGGAUUCAUCAGGACCUUUUAAAUCACAAAUUCGUCAAGUUGAUCUUGAGGGAUCUCGUGCUAAGAAGUUCCGCUCUUGCAAUGAUGGAUCCACCUUAAAUCCAUGUUCAUCAGGUUCAAGUCAUGCUGUGAAAGCCUGCUCAUCUUCUUUGGCAUCAGAUGGAACCAAAGGAAUAACAAAUAUUCCACGCCUCCCUCCUCUUCAAUUUGGAGAAACGUUUGAGGAAGCAUAUGAUGUGAUCUUGAUACUGGAUGAUCGAGAAAAGUUUGCCACCAAAGGAUCACGAUCCAGGAAUAUAGUUGAAAACAUAUGCUCUGAAUUCAACAUCAAGAUUGAGGUUAGACGAUUACCAGUCGGGGAUUGUAUAUGGAUUGCUCGGCAUAAGUACCUUGAGACUGAAUAUGUUCUAGACUUUAUUGCUGAGAGGAAGAACGUUGAUGAUAUGCGCUCAUCAAUUAGAGAUAAUCGCUACAGAGACCAAAAACUUAGACUUCAGAGAUCGGGAUUCAAGAAGCUCAUAUACAUUCUUGAAGGGGAUCCAAACCAUUCUGAUGCAGCAGAAAGCAUUAAAACAGCUUGUUUCACGACAGAGAUUCUGGAGGGAUUUGAUGUGCUGAGGACACACGGGCUGGGUGAGACGCUAAGAAAAUACGGCUACCUCACGAAAUCAAUAUAUCAAUACUACAAGUUACGGGUGAAUGAUAAUGACCAGAGCAAAGGCGCAGCCUCAUGUCCUUCUUUUGAUAGUUUUGUCAAAAGGUGUCAAGACCUUGAUAAAAUGACAAUCAGCGAUGUAUUUGCCAUUCAGCUAAUGCAGGUCCCGCAGGUAACGGAGGAAAUUGCCAUAGCGGUUCUUGAUAUGUACCCAACGCUUUUGUCUCUUGCUUCUGCCUAUUCUCAUCUAGAAGCAGAUGUCUCGGCGCAAGAAGAGAUGUUGAGAAAUAGAAGCAACAAUGUAAUAUGUGCAUCAGCUAGUAAGAAUAUAUUCAAGUUAGUUUGGGGUGAAUGACUUCUAUUCUAGUGUGUGUCCCUUUGACCUUUGUCUAGAGAGAGAGAGAGAGAUCUGAAACUGAUGAAGUGCAUAUGUAUAAUAAGCCAUGUGUUGUUUUUUUAGAUUUUCUGCUUGUAACUGAAGCUUAGGCUCGCCAAUUGUAUAACUUCAAUGUUUCAAUGUUUUGUUUUACGUUACUUCA